ACAGGUGACCGUGACAUAAUAAAUUAAGAAAACACACAAAAAGGUAUCUGAAAUACAUCUGACUAACAAAUUAGAUUCCUCCAAUAACCAUUAGUUUCAACCACCCCAAACAAAGUGUCCAAUUCCUAUCCAAUUACCAAGGUCAUAAUCUUGGUUUAGCAACUAAUUCAUGUGUAAACAACCAAUCAUCGAUGGAAAGCACAGCAUAAUGACAAUACUUUGGCAAAUAUCAGAUUAAUAUAUUAUAUGGAUAAUCUGCUAAAAACCUACUGUAAGUCUUGAAUGUAUAAUAUUAUAACUAUGUAUGCUUUUUCUAUCUUCCCAUAAAAUAUCAGAUUUUGGUGUAUGUAGUUAAGAAAUAUUUGAUCAAAAUUAACAUCCAAGAUAAGUCAAAAACUAGUAAUUCCGUGACACCCCCACCUAAAGAAUUGCUACAACUAUAUAAGGUAUAUUUUCUAUCAAGACAUCUAUUCUUUCCACUCAAAUGAUCAAAGCUAUUUCAAUCAUUCAUUUCUCUCAUAUCUAUAAAUUCAAAUCAUUUGUCCCAUAUCCGUCUCAUCCUCUUUCUUAAUCCCCUCUGUCUGCACGAAAAUGCAGACUUCAUCAUCGUGUUAUUUACGUUCCUACUCGAAUGAAGAUUCUGAGCAAGAAUGUCACAAUUCUAGAUCAGCUUCCUUCUCCUCUCUUCCUAGCCUUCCAAGAGUUCAUAAUCUUACUAAUUCCAAUCAACAAAGCCCUAUUUCUAACACUCUAAGCCACUGCAUAACCACUCUCACUGGACAUACUUCGUAUAUUUUCUCUCUUACUUUGGCUGGCAAAUUUCUUUACACGGGUUCUUCUGACAAUGAAAUCCGAGUAUGGAAACGAAAUCCCUUCAGCUAUGAAGCUGGGGAUGAGAACCACGCAAAUAAUGUGGUGGCAGUUGGGAAAAGUGCAGUAAAGUCUCUGGCUGUUCUAACAAACCAGCUGUUCAGUGCACACCAAGACUGCAAAAUUCGAGUAUGGAAGAUAAAAACUCAAGAACCCCCUAAAAACAUUAAAUAUGAAAAAAUAGCUACCCUACCCAAACUUAUUGAUCGUACUGUGAAACUUAUAAACCCGAAUAACCAAGUUGAGUUUCGAAGGCAUAAGAAAUGUACCUGGGUACACCAUGUUGACACAGUCUCUGCACUAGUCCUGUCAAGAGAUCAGUCCCUGCUUUACUCUGUUUCAUGGGACAGAACACUAAAAGUCUGGCGAACAUCUGACUUCAAAUGUUUGGAGUCGAUAAGCAAUGCACACGAUGAUGCUAUAAAUGCAGUUACAGUGUCUUAUGAUGGAGAUGUCUACACCGGUUCAGCAGACAGGAAAAUCAAGGUAUGGAGGAAACCGUCGGGAUACAAGAAGCAUACUCUAGCUAGCACACUGGAGAAGCAUACUUCAGGCAUAAAUGCCUUGGCACUUAGUCCUGAUGGAUUGUUAUUGUACUCAGGGGCAUGUGAUAGAUCCAUUUUAGUAUGGGAAAAGAAUAGUCAUGAUGAAAGCAUAGAGCUUUUAGGAGCUCUACGCGGUCAUACCAAAGCCAUUUUGUGCUUGGCCACGGUUGACGAUUUGGUUUGCAGUGGCUCCGCUGAUAAGACCGUGAGAGUCUGGAGAGGGGUUCAGAAUAAUUACUCUUGUCUAGCAGUGUUAGAAGGGCACCAAGGUCCAGUCAAGUGCCUGAUUGCAGCAGCUGAUGCUUAUUGCCCCCAUAAUAACACAUCAUCCUCGAAUUAUAUUCUCUACAGUGGUAGUUUAGACUGCGAUAUUCGGGUGUGGCAGGUAUUGGUCUCUAAGUGAACCCGUUUCCAGCACUCAGUAAAUCAAGUACCCUACAGUCCAGUAGCUUCUAGCUGACAAGUUUUUUAGUUCAACAAAUUGCAGGUUUGCAAUGUGGAUUUUAAGGUAUUCAAUAUAUAAAUGUAUCAAGCAAGCAAUCUAAAAAUUUAGUAAAAUCAAUCAAAAUAUAUAUUAGUCAA